AUGUCCAUCUGGGGGCUCCCGGCCCCCCGGGUGCUGCUCCAGCUCUGCCUGUGGACACUGUCCCUGCUGGCCAGCCCUGCUUCUGGAGCAUCCUUCUUCGGAGAGGACCAUUUACAAGUGCCCCUAGUCGAGGCCCUGGACACAAUCCACCUCCAUUUGCAGUUCCUCACGGCUCAGGAAGAUGGACUGUUCCUCCUGGCGGCCGGUCAGCCUGACCAUCUCCUGGUGGAACUCCGCUCGGGCGGUCUGCAGGUCAGGCUGGCCCAGGGCAGCGAGCAGGUGACCCUCCAGAGCCCCGCAGGCCAGCAGUUCGAUGACCUUGUGGCCCAUGACGUGGUGCUGACUGUGAGAGAUGGCCAGGCCACCCUGAGCCUCGACAGCCUCCUCAACUCCUCGGCCCGGGUCUCCCCGGGGCCCCUGCGGAUGUCCUAUGGCCUCUUCCUUGGGGGGCCGGGCAGCUUAGAUCUCCCUUAUCUGACGGGGACCAGCCCACCCUUUCGAGGCUGCCUCCUCACCGCCACCCUCAACGGCCAAGACCUCCUCUCCCCGCGGGGCCCCGACUGCAGCCCAGAGUUCUCCGCCGGUGAAGACGAGCCCCUGGGCUUCCUGGGCCCCCGCUCCCUGGCCGCCUUCCCCGGCUGGGAUGCCCGGGAGGAGGGCACGAUCGAGUUCACCCUGACCACCCGGGCCAGGCGGGCGCCGCUGGUGUUCCAGGCCGGCCCGCAGGGUGACUUCGUCUACCUGGAGGUCUUUGAGGGGCACCUGCGGGGCGUGGUGGAGAAGGGGCACGGGGCCGUCCUGCUGCACAACAAUGUGCCGGUCAGUGACGGGCAGCCCCACGAGGUCAGCGUCCGCGUGGACGUCUACAAGCUGGAGAUCUCCGUGGACCAGUAUCCCACCCGCACUUCCAACCGCGGGGUCCACAGCUACCUGGACCUGCAGGGCCGGCUCCUCCUGGGCGGGCUGGACGCCCCCGCCGCCCGCCGCCUGCGAGAACACCGACUGGGGCUGGCCCCCGACGCUGACGCCUCCCUGGUGGGCUGCGUGGAGGACCUGCUGGUCAACUCGGAGAGGAGGAGCCUGCGGGACGCUGUGGUCACCCGGGACCUGGCUGCUGGCUGCGCCUUCCCGGACGAGGACGAGGAUGAAGCCUACAACCCCUACGAGCCACUGGCCGGUCCGGAGCCGUGCCGCCCGGAGCCCGGGCUGCCUCCGGCCUUCGCCAACUUCACCAGGCUGCUGAACCUCAGCCCGCUGGAGGUGGGUGAGGGGGGCACGGCCUGGCUGGAGUGGCGCCACGUCCAGCCCGCCCUGGACCUGCCCGCCGCUGGCAUCCGGCAGUCCCAGGUCCUCUUCGGGCUGGCCCGCGCGGCCCGCCACGGGGAGCUGGAGCUGGACAUCCCCGGAGCCCAGGCCCGGAAGAAGUUCACCCUCCUGGACGUGGUCAACCGGAAGGUCCGCUUCGCGCACGACGGCUCGGAGGAGCCCGCCGACCAGCUGGCUCUGGAGGUGACCGUCACCGCACGCGGGCCCCUGCCCGAGUGCCUGCGCCGGGGCCAGACGUACCUGUUGCCCAUCAAGGUCAGCCCCGUCAACGACCCUCCGCAGGUGGUCUUCCCCCACGGCAGCCUGAUGGUCAUCCUGGAGCACACGCGUAAGGCCCUGGGGCCGGACGUCUUCCAGGCCCACGAUCCCGACAGCCCCUGCCAGGGCCUCACCUUCCAGCUCCUCGGGGCCGCGCGGCUGGCGGGCGGCCGCGUGGAGUCCGACGCCAGGCCCGGCGUGCCGGUCGCUGACUUCACCUGCGGGGACCUGGAGGUGGGCCGCCUGGCCUACGUCCACCAGAGCGGCCCGGCCCAGGACCUCAUGCUCCAGGUCAGCGAUGGCCAGGUCAGCAGCCCCGUGGCCACCCUCAAGGUCAUCGCCAUCCAGCCGGACAUUCAGCUGCGCAACAACACGGGGCUUUUCGUGGCCCAGGGGGCCAGCGCCCCCAUCACCACCACCAACCUGUCGGCCGAGACCAACGCCGUCCAGCAGCAGGUCAGCAUCCUGUACCGCCUCACCCAGCCGCCACUCUAUGGUGAGGUGCAGAAGCCCGGGGCCAUGGCCGGCCAGUGGGAGGGGACCCAAGUCUUUCUCCAGAGGGACCUGGAGCAAGGGCAAGUCCGCUACCUGAGCACUGACCCGCGGCCCCUGGCCGAGGACGCCACCGAGAAGCUGCGCUUCGAGGUGCGGGUCGGCCAGCAGGUCCUGGAGAACAACACCUUCCUGGUCACCAUCCGGAGGGCCGCCAUCCGGAUGCUGAGGUUAGAGCCCCUUCUGGCCCUCCAGGCCGGGCCGGUGACCAUCGGCCCAACCCAGCUGGAGGCCACCCUGGAGGACCCGGCCGCCCCCAGCCCCAUCCCCUUCCACUACCAGCUGGUCAUGGCUCCCAAGAAGGGCAACCUUCGCCUCCGGGGCGCUCGGCUGUCGGAAGGCCAGGGCUUCACCCAGGAGGACCUGCGUGAGGGCCACCUGAGCUAUGGGGCUACUUCCCGGGCCUCCCAGGAGGCCAAUGACGCCUUCCAGUUCCGGGUCACCUCCGCCGCCCACUUCUCCCCACUCUACACGCUCCCCAUCCUCAUCAGCGGGGACCCCGAUGCUCCCAUCCUCACCAACGUCCUGCUGUCCGUGCCCGAGGGCGGCGAGGCCGUCAUCUCGCGGGACCACCUCUUCGUCCGUAGCCUCCACGGCACCGACUACCUGUACGAGGUCAUCGAGAAGCCCCGCCACGGGAAGCUGGCCUGGCGGGGGGCGGGCGGGCCGGCAGGAGGCCCCUCGGGGGACGGUGUGGCCUCGGGGGACGUCGGCACCUCGGGGGGAGGGGUAUCGGAAGGUGGCAUCUCGGGGAGUGGGGCCUCGGGGGUGCCCACUGUGACCCAGUUCACCAACGAUGACCUGCUGCGGGGCCGGCUGGUCUACCGGCACGACGGCUCGGAGACCACGGAGGACGACAUUCCCUUCGUGGCAGCCCGGCAGGGCGAGGGCAGCGCCGGCACGGCCUGGGAGGACGUGAGGGGCGUGUUCCGCGUCUCCAUCCAGCCCGUCAACGACCACGCGCCCGUCCGCGUGGUCCACCGGGUCCUCGACGUGGUGCGGCACGGCCGGCGGCUCCUGACCACGGCCGACAUCGCCUUCGCCGACGCCGACUCGGGCUUCUCCGACACGCACCUGGUGUUCACUCGCAAAGACCUGCUCUUCGGCCGCAUCGUGGCGGCGGCGGACCCGGCCCGGCCCGUGUACCGCUUCACCCAGGAUGACCUGAGGCAGAAGAGGAUCCUCUUUAUCCACUCGGGGGCCGACCGCGGCUCCAUCCAGCUGCAGGUGUCGGACGGGCUGCACCAGUCCACCUCUCUGCUGGACGUCCGGGCCUCGGACCCCUACCUGCGGCUGGCCAACGGCUCCGGACUGGCGGUCCGCCAGGGCGGCCAGGGGACCAUUGACUCGACCGCCCUCAGCCUGGAGACCAACAUGGACGUGCGCGGUGGCGAGGAGAUCCAAUUCCGGGUCACCUCGCCACCCCGCCGGGGGACGCUCCUGAAGGGAGGCCAGCCGGCCGCCGCCUUCUCCCAGCAGGACGUGCAGGAGGGGGCUCUGCUCUACCGUCACGACGGCAGCCGGGCCCCACGGGACCACUUUGACUUCUCGGUGCAGGUGGGGCCGGUGGCCCUGGAAGACACCCUGCAGGUGACUGUCUUCCUCGACGUCCCCCUGGGGCCCCUGACCCUGGCCCGGCACGAGAAGAUCUACGUCUUUCAGGGGGAGGCGGCCGAGAUCAAGCCGGACCACCUGGAGGCAGUCCAAGAGGCCAUCCCACCCCAGGACAUCAGCUACACGGUCACUAGCAGCCCCCGCGCUGGCCACCUGGCCACCAUCUCACCCGGGGCGAAUCUGAACGAGUCUCCCAGCCUCGACUCCGUCCGGAACUUCACCCAAAAGGACAUCGACGAGGGGAGAAUCCUGUACCUGCACACGCGGGCCGAGAGCUGGACGGACCAGUUCACCGUGGACGUGCUGGCCGAAGGGGCCGGCUCGCUGGCGGGGGUGGUGGUGGAGCUGGAGGUCCUGCCCAUCACCAUCCCCCUGGAAGUGGGCAACGUCACCGUGGCCGAGGGGGAGGCCCGGGCCCUGUCCCCUGCAGUGCUCCGCGUCCCCGGCCCCUAUUUCCCCACCCUGCCCCUGGUCUUCCACGUCCUGGAUCGGCCCCAGCACGGCACCCUCCGGCAUGCAGAGCACCCCACAGAUGACAGCCUCGACGCCUUCACCUGGAGAGAGGUGGAACAGCAGCUCAUCCUCUACGUCCACGAUGGGAGCGAGACCCGGGCGGACAGCUUCACCCUCCUGGCCAAUGUCUCCGAGAUAGACCGGCAGAGCCGGCCGGCCGUGAUCAGCGUCACCGUGCUGCCCCGCAAUGAUGAGGUUCCAGUGGUGACCGUCAACCCCGGCCUGCAGAUGUGGGAAGGCACCACCGUGGCCAUCACCCCCGAGAUGCUGAGGAGCGAGGACGAGGACUCCCCGCCUGAGGACUUGCUUUACACCAUUGAGCAGCCUACCAAUGGGAAGGUCCUGCUGAGGUCGUCUCCUAGCAACGAGGUCCGGCAGUUCACUCAGGCGCAGAUAAAUAGUGGACUUGUGCAGUUCGCGCAUGAAGGAUCCCUGGAGGGCGGCUUCCGUUUUGAUGUUUCCGAUGGAGAAAACAUCUCCCCGGGGCACUUCUUCUCUGUGAAGGCCCAGAAGCAGUUACACAUCACCGCAGGAAGCAUCCAGGCCCUGAUGGUCUGCCCAGGAACCUUUCAGCCCAUCACCAGCCAAAACCUGAAAGCAGAGACCAAUGAAGGGACGGACGCCCACCAGUUACUGUUCAGCGUAGAGCAGCCUCCAAGACUGGGCCGGCUGGUGAAUUCCAGGUUGGGUAGAGAGAGGGGAGAGCUGAUCAACUUCACUCAGGCUGAGGUGGACUCUGGGAUGAUCUUUUAUGAGCACGAUAUGCCCCCGGAACCUUUCUGGCUCUCCGAGGAUGCCCUGGGCCUCCGGGUGUCGUCUCCGCCGGCCCGCAGCCUCUUCAUCAGCCUGCCUGUGACGGUGUCUUUCGAGGCCAACUGCCCCCAGCGGGCCACCCGCCUGUGGAGGAACGAAGGACUCUGGGUCCCAGAAGGUCAAAGCGCAGAGAUCAACCAGGUAGCGUUGGAUGCAUCUAACCUCCUGGCCGGCCUCCCCAAAUCCCAGAGACCGACCCACGACGUGGUCUUCCUGGUGACCGAAUUCCCGGCCCACGGGGAGCUCUCGGUGGCCGGGGAGGCCCUCGGCCCCAGCCGCCCGUACUUCCUGCAGUCGGACCUGGCCGCGGGGCGCUUGGCCUACACCCACAGGGGUGGGGGAACCCAACCAGACCGCUUCCGCUUCCGGGCCCAGCUCAGAGCCGGGGCACGGGGGUCCGGCCAGCCUCCCGAGGCCGAGCCCGGGGCCACGGUGGCCGAGGCCUUCAACAUCACCGUGAGAGACGUCAACGAGAAGCCCCCCUGGCCACAGGAGGCCUCCCCGCUGCAGGUCCUCCGGGGGUCCUGGGCGGUCCUCUCCCGAGACCACCUGAGCGUCGUGGACCCCGACUCCACCCCCGAAGAGAUCCAGUACCAGGUCCGAAGGGGGCCCCUCGGUGGCUUCUUGGCGCCGGCGGGAGACCCGGGGACGCCCCUGAGCCACUUCACCCAGGCAGACGUGGACGCCGGCCUGCUGGUGUUUGUCGCCAACGGCAGCAGCUCUGAGGGCUCCUUCCAGCUGAGUGUUUCAGAUGGUGCCAGCCCCCCGGUCCCCGCCACCCUGACCGUUCUCGUGCUCCCCACCGCCAUCACCGUGGUCAGCCGCACCCCGCUGGAGGUGCCACAGGGCCUGAACCAGGCCCCGCUGACCCGGGACCACCUCCUCGCCACCUCCGACCAGGAAGAGCCAGACGCCUUCUACCGCAUCACGGAAGGACCCCGGUUCGGCCUACUUAUGGUGGGCGGACGGCCCGUGGAAGGUUUCAGCCAGAGGCAGGUGGACUGGGGCGAGGUGGCCUUCACCUUCACCAACUUCACUUCGGCCCAGGACGCAUUUGGCCUCCUGGUGAGGGCCCGGGGGGCCAACGGCUCAGCCGCGCUCAACCUCACAGUCCGGCCCCUGGUCUGGGUGAGGCAAGGGGCAUCGUGGCCCCGGGGCACCACCCUCCGGGUGGACCGGGGGGUCCUGGAUGCCAGUGAGCUGGCCAACCUCACGGGGAGCGUGCCUGGGUUCCGGGUGCUGCAGGCGCCCCGGAACGGGCAGCUAGUGAGAGCCUCGGGGGGCACACCGCUGGACGCCUUCACCCAGAAGGACCUGGAAGAGGGCCUGAUCGGGCUGGAGCUGGCAGAAGCGGAGGAGGGCAGCCCCACCUCCCAGGACGACAGCAUCACGCUGGAGCUGACCGCCCGGGGGGUCCCUCCCGCUGUCGUCUCUCUGGCCUUUGCCACUGAACCCUACAACUCCUCCCGGCCCUAUGGUGUCCAGCUGCUGCGUGGGCCCCAGGCGGCUGGGCCCAGUGGGGUCCCCCGCCCACCCCAGGAGGACACUGCCUCUCGAACUGUCUCAGGGCCCAAGGGGCCGGAGAGGCCCACGGCCCACACCGGGCAGCCGGACGUGCCCCCCACUGGCUGGCGGGGCCAGGACGUCACGACCGAGCCCUCGCCGACUCAAAGGGGCUCUUUUCUCCGCUUCGUUGAGGCCAACAUGUUCAGCGUGAUCAUCCCCAUCUGCCUUAUCCUGCUGCUCCUGGCCCUAAUCCUCCCCCUGCUCUUCUACCUCCGCAAGCGCAACAAGACAGGCCAGCACAACGUGCAGGGCAUCUCCGCCAAGCCUCGUAACGGCACCGUCCCCGACCAGGAGAUGUUCCGCAAGACUGACCCCGGCCAGGGCAUCCCCCUGACGCCUGUGCCGCCCAAAGGCCGGGAGGCCGGCGGGCAGCAGGACCCCGAGCUGCUGCAGUUCUGUCGGACCCCCAACCCCGCCCUCAAAAACAACCAGUACUGGGUCUGAGCCCCCCCUGGGAGCCAGAGACACCAAAAGGUCAGAGUUCCUCUGGCCCCCUCGUCCUGAGAGCCUCGGCCUGCUCCCGCCCCUCCUCCUCUUCCUCCCCCUGGUUCUUCCAUCCCUCUCCCUCCCCAGGUGAGCGGCUGCCUCAUCGAGAUGAACAGGCAAGGUCUCCAGUGCCAGCUUCUAAACCUCCUCGCCCUGGCCAAGAGGUCCCUGUGGUGAAGGAAUCAGGCCUGGACCAGGAACACUGAGGGCCAUUGAGCUGGGAGGGGAGGAGGGUCCAGAGCAGUGAUCUGGGGGCACCUCUCUUCCCCAGGGGUGGAGCCGGAAAAAACGGGCAAAGGGGGAAUGAAGUCUCCCCUGGCUUUAGUUCGGCAGGGAGGGCGCUGGGUGUCAGUAAUCCCCGGCUCCCAGUUUGGCCUGGGCUUUGUUCCAUGGUCCUGGUCAGCCCCACUCAGCCCCAGCCUCCUCCACCACUGCCACCACCUCCGGGCCGGGGUUAAGAAGGAGAAAGAGAGACCGGGUCUGCAGUGCUCUGGGCUCCUGCCAGAGAGGGGACUGAGAAAAGAACGGGAGGGGUUCCGUAACCACAUUCGGGGACCAAGAGAGGCGUAGCCUCUCCCCAGUGCCCCUGAUCCCAGAUCUGGCCCUUCUCUGCAGCUCCCACAGCCCACCACCUCCCGAGGCAGCCCUGAUAGAGCUGUGAUUUGGCCUUCCGAGGAGAGGCCUCUCCAGGAAUCCACCUAGGAGUGGGAGAACAGUGGCCCGCAAACGGGUCACCUCCAGAUGCCCGGACUUUCCCUCUGCCCUUGAGGCUGGCUGGGACAGGCAGUGGGGAGAAAAAACUGUCCCCGGCCCCGUAGGCAUUGCAUGCUUCCCCGGCCAUCACCACCCAGGGGAAAGUUUCACAGUCCACUCCACGGUAUCCGCAAGAGAGAAGGGGGCGGAUGCCGGGCAACCCCCACCCCCAAAACACCCAAGCACACACAUGCAUGGAACUCCGCUGGGGCAAUGGUUUGGGGCUCCUUGGGGCAUCAGAGGAAAUUGGUUCUGAGCCCCAUGAAGGUCAUGGGGCACCACUGCCUCGGGUCAGAAGAAUCUGCAGAGAACUAUAACCGUGGAGUGCCACGUGGCAGAAAGAGGGGCUGUGGACUAUUAGGAUGCUGUCGCAGGCAAACCCUGGCCUGGAUAACUAGAAGAUGGAGAGAU